AUGCAAACGUCUGAAGAUCUACCGCAAACAUCAUCCGGUUGUGUUUUGUACGAAUACGUACCGCCAGAAAUUAUUCAACGCUUCGACGACUACCUCGGAUUCGAGGACAGCUCUCAUUUUCAGAUUAGUGAUGAUCCAUCGGAUUGUUACCUUCAGUGCAGUUAUGGGCGAUCACCAAAGCGUCAAUUCUGCGAAGAAAAUCUCUCGGAAGUUUUAGAAAAAUGUGAAAAUAUCGAUCAAGUGGUUAUUGUUAUAAAGGAAAUGGGAAAUUUGUUUGGAGAUUUCGAGCAAGUUCGACUGAGAUCAAUGAAAGAGACAACGCCGUAUCAUCAAGGUGGAUACUUGGCAAGUUUCUUCAUGAGAAUACCUCCGCAGAUAAUUGCACGAUUGAAAUCCGUAUCUUUACACGUGGAUAUAAUGCGUGAAUCGUUUGGUGAAUUAUGGUUCCCGUGUCCAGUCCAAGACUUACGCUAUUGCAUUAGUAAUCUGGUUGAUGCACAUUUCGAAACAUUUGUUCAGAUUUCAUUUUGCUCGGCAUCAAUGCAUCCAAGUGAUUAUGAUGUGCGUAAUUUCUUGAUUAAUGGUAUGGAGAAUGUUUUGAAAGAAAUGACUGAAAAAGAUGCGAAAACCGACUUCAGUAUUGAUGUGAACGAAGGUUAUGUGGAUAUGACGAUUGAGAAGGGUAAUGUUGAGUAUUCGUUUGCAUUCUUCUACUAUAAUCCUGAAAUUUGUGAACCGUCUUCGCCCUCUACAUGUGCAUCGUCGUCAUCGACGGAGUCCAGCGAUACGGCUAUCGAGACGCCGUCGAACGUCUUCGAUUCACAAUUCUCCAUCGACGAUCAGCAAUCAGUACAAAUAUUCGAUAACCAGUCAUUCAAUUCGUACAAUAUCCAAAAUCUUUUCGUGCCUAUUGAUUUAGCAGCCAAUAUUUCUUCACCGUCCGCUGCUGCGCUCAUGCAAUUUCAGCAGUUUUUUUUCGUCUCCUAA